AUAUAUGAGUUGUCACUUACAAAUAGUCACUUUGACAAGUGAGAAUUUUAAAGAGUUGAAGAAUAUGAAAAAGUGAACUACUAACUUGAAAGUAACGUCAUAAUGUUGAGUGGUUGCUAGGAGACCACUGCCAACACACUCGGGCGGAAAGAUGUCGACUAGUUACUCUGCAAACCAGUAUGAAAGUGCCUUUAAGUCGCAAAAGCUCCAGAAUUGGACCAUCUCAAAACAUUUCAAAGAGAGACCAUCAGCAGCAGAAGGACACACUACAUUUAUAGCCACAGACCGGGGCCACCUUCUACCUGGAGUCAGAACAAAGAGUGGAAGUGCAUGGCCAGCAUUCCAAGGCACAUGGGAUUUACCUCGUUAUAUCCCUCCUACUUCCAUAAACCCCACUGCCCGUUCACGAAAAGGCCAGGAUCGCCUCAGGACCUGGGGACAGAUGAAAUUUGCCACAAACCAGACUUACGAGGCCCCUGAUGGCAGCCAGGGUACAAACAGAACUAUUAACAAUGUGGAAAACUUAAAUGUGGACCAGCUUGCAGAAGAGUCAAAAAUGCCAGUGAGUGACCCAGACCGAGAUGAGCCAGAGAGGCCCAAAUCACAUCACAGCCAAGACCAGUCUAGACCAACAAGCCAGAAAGCUCAGUCUAACCCAGUAAACCUUGAAAACCAAACCCAGUCUAGACCAGGAAGUCACCACAGCCAACAGGCUCCAUCCAGACCAGCCACUCAAGAGAGCCAAGCUGAGGCAAGACCACCAACCCAGAACAGCAGACCAGCAUCUCAGCAGAAAUAACACCAUUUAUAAUCAGAUCCCCUGCAUGGGUAGUUUUAAAAGUUGUUCCAUUAAAAAUGGCUUUACGUAAGCCUAACACUUCUUUGACAAAACACUUUUACUUUAUAGAUAUUAUAAUUUUUGUGUUUAUAUUUAUUUAUUUAUAAGUGUGCUCUCCGUUUGAGAGUACUUGUGUGAGAACACAUUAACUGAAUUGUUUCAAUGAAGCUAAAGCUGAUUAGUUUUACUAAAUGGUUCUUGUAAUGGAAUCUGCUUAAAUGAAAUACUGAAUGAGGAGUCAAGUAUUGCCAGAAAAUAUACAUCAGAGUACCUUGAUAUCUGUAUUUUAAAAAAUACACAAAAAAAACAUUGCAAGAGAUUUAAGUAGUUUUUGUUUAUUUCCUCAAUAAUACAAUAGCCCCCUAGGAAACAACAUCAGCUUCAUUCACUAGUAUUCGGUUUAUGUUUUUGGUGCUUGGAAGCCAAUGAGUGAUUUAGUGAGCAGACUCUGAAUGCUUGGGGAACCGAAGGUGAACUUGAAGGGUUAGUUCACCCAAACACCAAAAUUCUGUCAUCACUCAACCUUAUGUCGAUUCAAACCUGACUUUC